AUGGCAAAAAGACCAAAAAAAAAAAAAAAAAAAGUUCAGCUGACAGGACAAAUGGUUUUACAUAAGGUAAGAUAGGAAUGAGAUUGCAUGAUUUAUUGUAGAUGAUGUAAUUCAUGGUGCAAAAUAAGCACAUUUAUCAUAUUCGAUUCUCAUAACAGUUCUCAACCUUUAUGUAAAAAUCUCUUAUUUAAGUGUGAAAGAGCAGAAGUCUUUCAUUUAAGUUAAUAAUAAUCCUGAGUGUAUCAACUCUCUGUGUCACUAUCCUUAUUCAUCUUAUCUCCUGGGACAUUUGUUAAAAAUAGAGAUUUUUGGCCUUCUCUUUUCAAUUUAGAGUGGAACCCAGGCAUCUAUAUAUUCACUGUCACUUGCCGGUAAUUCUUAACAUUAGGAAAGUUUGAGAAACUACUAUAAUCCAUCCUUAGCACUGCUGUCAAAAUAAUCUUUGUAAAACAAAUAAUUUGCAUUUCAGUUAAAGCACAAACUCUUGAGCGGAGCAUUUAAAAUCAUUCACAGCCUGUUCCUACCUGCCUUUUGAGCCACUCUUCCCCAAGUACCCUGGAGUCCAGUCAUACCCCACUGCACAGAUGCUUCUCUAUGUUCAUGUUCUUUGUGUCUUUUGGCCUGAAAUCCCCUUGCCUUUGCAUUCUUGUCUCAAAAACUGACACAUUUUUAAAGACUCAGUUCAAAUGUCACCUAUUCUGUUGUAACAGUCCCACAUCCCACUAAGGAGAAUUCCACCUCCAUCCCUUUUCUGACUUUCUGUAACAUUUUGCAAUAAGAUCUGUUGUACAUUGGUGGUACAAAUUUUCAGUUUCUAAAAGGGCCUAGAUACUUGUAUUUAUCUUAUACUCCCUCAGUGCUUAGAAUAGUGCUUAGCACAAAGGAAGUGUUCAAUAAACAUUGGUUGACUAAAUUAAUGUAUGAGUGAAAAUUUAUUCCACAUGCUGUCUGUACUUCAGUUUAUUCCUUGAGUAAUGGAUGACAUUUUAGAAAGAUGGCUGGGGUUAGUCACUAUAACAUUUUUGCUAAUUUAUUUUCAUCUUUUUUUUUUUUUUCCUUUGGUUUGGUUGGUCAUUGAUGAGCUGUGGUAGAUCUCUUUAAAUCAAGAUGCUUUGAUUUUAAUAAUGAAAAAUAUGAAGUGUAGAUUCUGUGUUCAUCACAAAUCUUUGUCAGCAUAAAAUGGAGCUUCAAAGUUGCUAUAUGCUAGAGUUUACGUUAAAGGCCAAGUAUCAUCUAACAUAACACAGGAUGUGUUUUCUGCUCUCUCUCUUAUUGCCAACAUUUUGUAUAUUCAAGGAAAGCGACCUGAUACCACAGCCAAAAGAAGAAAGACCAGGAAAUAAGGUGGAGAAAAAAAAAAUUGGGUAAAUGAAAAAUGGAGAUACCUUAGAAAUAAAGGUGAAAGAGCACUUAGUUUGCUUAUAAGAAUCUGUAAAAUGAAAUGCUUUAUGUUUUCAUCCUACAAAAAUUUAAGUCUUCCUAAAUUUGCCUAAGCCAGCUUACUUUUCUGAAGGAAGAUUUUUCUUAUUGUCCAAUGUUUUGGUGCCAAUUUUGGUAACACACACUGAAGCUAAAUUUGCAGCCUGUUAGCAUAUAAUUUAUGUUAAAAGCUUAAAGAGGAUCUUUUCCAUGCAAGGUAAAGCUUUUAAAAUACAAAACAAGCAAGAACAGUGAAUAGCUGUUACUCAUUUCGCGUCUAGUGCUGAGUGGUGUUUAUGGCGGGGACUGGGUGUAUUUCUGUCCCAGCAGUAAGUGUAGCACUCCCCUGACAUCACUCUUGAGAGAGCGAGAAGCUGUGUGUGUAAGGGUUCGAAAUGUUGUCUUUUGAGGCAGGGAUAAUGUGAUUCUGUGUCAGCUCUCCGCCUGUUUUCCUCUUCACUGCUGAGGCAUCAGUAUCGCCAUGCUCUUGAAAUCCAGAAUCCAUGCAUAGAACACCAAAGGCCAAAUAAGACAUUCUUCUUCUGAUACUUGUUCUUAUCGAACUUGUUGAUCCUCCUUCUAAUUACUUGUCGUUUAGCUUUAUAAGGUACUUUUUAUCUUGAGCUCUCAAAAUAGUUUAUGGAAAUUAUCUCAUUUUUCUGUUCAGUGUUUAUAAGAGCAGAAUGCAUGGUAGAGAUAGAGGAGUUAUUCUCAAAAACUUUGGCGCAUGAAAGGAGUUGGUAGCAAUUUACUCUUUAGGGUCUAGGUCUGUAGACCAUAAAUUUAUCUUUGGCAUGGUACAAGGUCAGCACAAGUUUUUCCCGUUGCUUCUCUAUCUCUGUCCUGAGAUACUGGUAUAUCUACCUGGACAUCCUCCUCUGUCAGGCUUGCUUGAUUGGCAGGGAGGGGAGAGGCUACAUUUAUUACAUUUAUUUCCUACUUUCAGACUGACACCCUGAAACAGAGAAGGGAAAAGUAAUUUGCCUAAGAGGAAAAACUUACUCAGCAUUGAAUUUAGUUCUACAAUAGGAAACUAUUGAUUUCUAGCCAUGCUGUAUGUUCUGGUUUUCUGUCACUUAUUUUUCCUUUCACAUUAUUUUUUUUUGUCUUUUAUGAUGAUCCUUUGCGAUAAGCUACACUAGAUAUCAAAGAAAAGAUCAAUUAGAAAAAUUGUGUAAAUAGUAAAUUGACUGAGUCUUUGACCCUUGGAUGAAAAAAAAAAAGUUAUGCUUACAAGUUUAAAAGAAUUGUUCAGUUGGAUGAUUCUGAAAGUAAGCAGCCUUGUUAUUAACACUGAAAAGUUUAAUUACAUUUCAUUAUACCAUACUAGCUUCUCUUAAUUGCUGAAAGGGGACUAUGAAAGCAAAAACAAAAAUGCCUUAACUCUAGAAGCUAGAUUUUCCUCUCUGCUUUGUAAUGUAAAUGUGCCUGAGUGUAUAUUAAAAUUCACAAACUCCAUCCAUCUCACUGGCUUUUAACGGAGGGGUCACCUGACUUCACCUAGAGCCGCUCCCCUCCCUUUCGCAGAGGAAGCCCCAAAGUGAGAGACGGGCGCCUACAGAGCACAGGUUCUCCUGCUGGGAGAUGUAAAUGACCCCAGCCGCUCGGGAAUCCUGUGAGCUUGCUGGUGGGGGUUGGGGAGGGAGAAACCGAGGGAGAGAGCGUAAGCGAGAGAGGGGAGAGGGAGAGAGCAAGAGAGAGGAAGAGAGAGAGAGAGAGAGAAGUGCUGCAUGCUUCAUCUUUGAGAGGAGGGGAAAACAAAAGACCUCAGCGGCAGUUUUGUGUUGCUGUGUCUGGCUUAAAGAGGAAAAUUCUAGACAUCCAGGCUGAAAAGAAUCAAAGCCCAGCUGAGACUACUUCUAUCAAGAGCAUUCUGUGAUCUGAGAAUGGGCUGGAUCAGUACAGGUGGUUUGAGAAGACACUGAUGAGGACCAUGGAAAGGUGGGAGAGGACGUGCGGCUUCUCUGCUUCCUUUGAACAGAGCUCUAGGCACCACAAGGCCACAUAAGGAGGGUGAGGUCCCUGGAGUGGACUAUAUUUUCAUCACUGUUGAAGAUUUUAUGGAAUUGGAGAAAAGUGGUGCUCUUCUAGAAAGUGGAACUUAUGAAGACAAUUACUACGGUACCCCGAAGCCUCCAGCAGAACCAGCACCACUAUUAUUAAAUGUAACAGACCAGAUACUUCCUGGAGCCACUCCAAGUGCUGAAGGAAAACGAAAGAGGAAUAAAUCAGUGAGCAACAUGGAGAAAGCAAGUGUAGAGCCUCCUGAGGAGGAAGAGGAAGAGAGGCCUGUGGUCAAUGGAAAUGGAGUAAUAGUCACACCAGAAUCCAGUGAACAUGAAGACAAGAGUGCAGGUGCCUCAGGGGAGACACCAUCCCAGCCUUAUCCUGCACCUGUGUAUAGUCAGCCUGAGGAGCUGAAGGAGCAGAUGGAUGACGCAAAACCAACUAAACCUGAAGAGAAUGAAGAAUCAGACCCAUUGCCUGAUAACUGGGAAAUGGCCUAUACAGAAAAGGGUGAAGUCUACUUCAUUGACCAUAACACAAAGACAACAUCAUGGCUGGAUCCACGACUUGCGAAAAAGGCUAAACCUCCAGAAGAGUGCAAAGAAAAUGAGCUUCCAUAUGGCUGGGAAAAAAUCGAUGAUCCCAUAUAUGGCACUUAUUAUGUUGACCACAUAAAUAGAAGAACCCAGUUUGAAAACCCUGUCCUGGAAGCAAAAAGGAAGCUACAGCAGCAUAACAUGCCCCACACAGAACUUGGAACAAAGCCCCUGCAGGCCCCAGGUUUCCGAGUAGGCAGCUCCUCAUCGACAGUACCUAGGCCCAAACUCGCCCGUCCCCGCGCUGCCCGGGAGAGGUCACGCAGCGUGAGCGACCUGUCUUACUACGGGCACUGCCUCACCUGGCGCAUUGAAAAACCACUUUUCACCCGGGAUGCAUCCCAGUUGAAGGGAACAUUCCUCAGCACCACACUAAAAAAGAGCAACAUGGGGUUUGGAUUUACCAUCAUUGGUGGAGAUGAGCCUGAUGAAUUUCUGCAGGUGAAAAGUGUGAUACCCGAUGGGCCUGCAGCACAGGAUGGAAAAAUGGAAACAGGUGAUGUCAUUGUCUAUAUUAAUGAAGUUUGUGUCCUUGGACACACUCAUGCAGAUGUAGUCAAACUUUUCCAGUCUGUUCCCAUUGGUCAGAGUGUCAACCUGGUAUUAUGCCGUGGCUACCCUUUGCCCUUUGAUCCUGAAGAUCCUGCUAACAGCAUGGUGCCACCCCUUGCAAUAAUGGAGAGGCCACCUCCAGUGAUGGUCAAUGGAAGACAUAACUAUGAAACUUAUUUGGAAUACAUUUCUCGGACCUCACAGUCAGUUCCAGAUAUAACAGAUCGGCCGCCUCAUUCUUUGCACUCAAUGCCAGCUGAUGGUCAGCUAGAUGGCACGUAUCCACCGCCUGUCCAUGACGACAAUGUAUCUAUGGCUUCAUCGGGGGCCACCCAAGCUGAACUUAUGACCUUAACCAUUGUGAAAGGUGCCCAGGGCUUUGGCUUCACCAUUGCAGAUAGUCCGACAGGACAGCGGGUGAAACAAAUACUUGACAUUCAGGGAUGUCCUGGCCUGUGUGAAGGUGACCUCAUUGUUGAGAUCAACCAGCAGAAUGUACAGAACCUGAGCCAUACGGAAGUAGUGGAUAUACUUAAGGACUGUCCCAUUGGAAGUGAGACUUCUUUGAUUAUUCAUCGAGGAGGUUUCUUUUCUCCAUGGAAAACUCCAAAGCCUAUAAUGGACCGAUGGGAGAACCAAGGCAGCCCUCAAACGAGUUUAUCUGCUCCGGCCAUACCACAGAACCUGCCCUUCCCACCCGCCCUUCACAGGAGUUCCUUCCCUGACUCAACAGAGGCCUUUGACCCAAGGAAGCCUGACCCAUAUGAGCUCUACGAGAAAUCUAGAGCCAUUUAUGAAAGUAGGCAACAAGUGCCACCAAGGACCAGUUUUCGAAUGGAUUCCUCUGGUCCAGAUUAUAAGGAGCUGGAUGUUCACCUUCGCAGGAUGGAGUCUGGAUUCGGCUUCAGGAUUCUCGGGGGAGAUGAGCCUGGACAGCCUAUUUUGAUUGGCGCCGUCAUCGCCAUGGGCUCGGCUGACAGAGACGGCCGCCUACACCCAGGAGACGAGCUCGUCUAUGUGGAUGGGAUUCCAGUGGCUGGCAAGACCCACCGCUAUGUCAUUGACCUUAUGCACCAUGCAGCCCGGAACGGGCAGGUCAACCUCACUGUGAGAAGAAAGGUGCUAUGUGGAGGGGAGCCCUGCCCAGAGAAUGGGAGGAGUCCAGGCUCCGUGUCUACCCACCACAGCUCUCCUCGCAGUGACUACGCAGCCUACACCAACACCUACACCAACAGCAACCACGCUGCCCCCAGCAGCAAUGCCUCUCCCCCUGAAGGCUUCGCCUCCCACAGCCUGCAGACCAGUGAUGUGAUCAUUCACCGCAAAGAGAACGAGGGCUUCGGCUUUGUCAUCAUCAGCUCCCUGAACAGGCCUGAGUCUGGAUCCACCAUAACUGUGCCCCAUAAAAUCGGACGCAUCAUUGAUGGAAGUCCAGCAGAUCGCUGUGCAAAACUAAAGGUGGGAGACCGGAUCUUAGCAGUGAACGGCCAGUCUAUCAUCAACAUGCCUCAUGCUGACAUCGUGAAGCUCAUCAAGGAUGCGGGUCUUAGUGUCACCCUUCGCAUCAUUCCUCAGGAGGAGCUCAACAGCCCGGCCUCAGCACCCAGCUCAGAGAAGCAGAGCCCCAUGGCCCAGCAGCACAGCCCCCUGGCCCAACAGAGUCCUCUGGCCCAGCCCAGCCCGGCCACCCCCAAUAGUCCUGUCACCCAACCAGCUCCUCCUCAGCCACUUCAGCUGCAAGGACAUGAAAAUAGUUACAGGUCAGAAGUAAAGGCGAGGCAAGAUGUCAAACCAGACAUCCGACAGCCUCCAUUCACGGACUACAGGCAGCCCCCACUGGACUACAGGCAGCCUCCAGGAGGGGACUACCCACAACCCCCGCCCUUGGACUACAGGCAGCCUCCCCUGCUGGACUACAGGCAGCACUCCCCCGACACCAGGCAGUUCCCUCUGUCAGACUACAGGCAGCCCCAGGAUUUUGAUUAUUUCACUGUGGACAUGGAGAAAGGUGCCAAAGGAUUUGGAUUCAGCAUCCGUGGAGGAAGGGAAUACAAAAUGGAUUUGUAUGUGUUGAGACUGGCAGAAGAUGGGCCAGCAAUAAGGAAUGGAAGGAUGAGGGUAGGAGAUCAGAUCAUUGAAAUCAAUGGAGAGAGCACGAGAGACAUGACACAUGCCAGAGCAAUAGAGCUCAUCAAAUCUGGAGGAAGAAGAGUGAGGUUGCUGCUGAAGCGUGGGACAGGACAAGUCCCAGAGUAUGACGAACCCAGCGCCUGGAGUUCUCCCGCUGCCGCCUCCCCAGGUCUGCCGGAAGUAGGCAUCUCCCUGGAGGACGUCCUCUCUCCAUUCUCUCCAUCACAUCCAGCCCCACCCUCCGACCCUUCCCACCAGAUAAGCCCAGACCCAACUUGGGAUAUCAAAAGGGAACAAGACGUUAGGAAACCAAAGGAGCUUUCAGCCGGUGGCCAGAAGAAGCAGCGCCUCGGGGAGCAGAGUGAGCGCUCAGCGAGCCCGCAGAGGGCCGCGCGGCCGAGGCUCGAGGAGGCGCCCGGUGGCCAGGGGCGGCUGGAGGCCGGCAGGCCCUCCUCAGAGGCCAGGGCGCCCGGCCCUGUGGCUGCAGACGCAGCAGACCCUGCACGGGCGGGCUGCAAAGAGGGGCCGCAUGCCGCAGGGGGGCCUGAGUCUUGCCGGCGCGAAGGCCCGGGGGCAGCGCCUGCGUUCUCGGGACCGGGCGGGGGCGGCGGGGGCACGCGGGAGGCCGAGGGCAGGGCGGGCACGCGCGCGGGGCCAAGGCAGGGCGCACGCGCCCUAGGAGGCACCCCAGCUCGCAAGGCCACCGUGGCGCCGGGGCCCUGGAAGGUGCCCGGCUCCGACAAGCUUACCGGGGUCCUCAAACCUGGCGCCUCAGCCACAGGCAGAUGAGCCUGCCGCCCCGCCUCAACGCCUGAAGGCCGUUCUUCUUAGGUUCCGUCUCACGGCGUUUUUAAUUUAUUUUCACUGUCACACACAUAGAUCCACGAGGCACCAAGGCCUGGGAGCACUGACGUUAAGUCCCACGUGUCCAGCAAGCAUGGGUGGUACAGCCUCCAUGCAGACCUAAAACUGAUCCUAAAGCCCCUGGUUCCACCGCAGGCGCUUUGGCAGCUAUGGAAGAACCAAAAUAACGUGAAGAACACCACAGAGAGUGCAGUGUAGCUUUAGUUUAAAAAAGAAAGAAAAAAAAAAUUCCCCCCACUGCAUGAAGGAUUUGGAUGUCAUCCAAACUUUAUAUCAAGAAACUGGACAAGUUAAGAGCAAUCACAAACUGGAAUAUCGCCUUAAAAAAUCAAACUGCACGGAGCAAGCUGAAACUGAGACAAGAUUAUAUGUUUUAAAUGAUCUAAAGAAUUGUAAAUAAAUUGUUCUUGACAUAUCUAGACAGGGGUUAAAAGGUUUCUUUGAAACAUUUAGAACUGUUCGCCCAUGACAUGUUUCCCUGGCUCACUCGUGGCAUCCCUCACUGGUCUUAGCAGCAAGUUCCCUGCAUACUGCAGGACGACUUAGAAAUCUAGUGAAGUCAUUGGCGUGAUGCCAUUUUUACUGCCAUUUCUGUAAUCACGUUUCUGUACAUUUUGAGUGGUAGGUUAAAAAAAAAAGUUUUAAAAAUUGUAUCCUAGGGAACAGUUUGUGGUAAGUCAGAAUUUUGCAGUUUAGCUAAUAGAUCUUAAUUGGUUUUCAUCUAAAAUAUGAAUAUAUAAUUGAAGGACCACAAUUCAUUAAAUUGAGAUUGGCAAAGCUGCAGGUCCUUUAUGAGAAGGCUUUCCUAUUGACUCAGGCUCAGAGAUAGGAGCUUCUUUGACAGCAAUGCCAUAUUUCACCUUGUCUUUUUAAAAAUCCUCUUUCCAUUACUUCAUUUUCACUUUGAUAGAGCAGAGGCAAAGUAUUUCUCCUAUAUUUCUCAGAUUAUAAUGAAUCUCUUAAUAUUAAAAAAUUAUGACCAAUUUAUUUUCAUUAAAGAACAUGGAUCUUUUUUAGCAUUCCUUUCUGCUUAUCUUAUUCUUUAUUUCAUUUGGUUUCCUUUUUUGUCCAGAUGCUUCUGUUUAUCUUUCUUGUCCAUGGCUGACCCCCCAGUAAAAUCCUGAGGCUUGCCUUUUUCUCCACUGUUUUAAUCUUUCUUUGUAAAAUUUUAUCUUAAGUUAGUUUAUCCAUGCAAACUUAUUUGUAGCUCUACAAAUUAAAAGGCAAAUGUUUCAGAGGAAAGUUUCUCUUUAAUAUGACCUGAAUGAAUGAGGGUUCAUCCUUCCCAUAGUCUGCCCCUUAUAAGGAGUACAAAUACAACUAGGCCUUACCUUCCUGAGCUUGAAGUAAGUGAAAACAGGGAGAUCAGGUCCAUCACAGGAGGUCAUAUGUAAUAGCUUCCCUCAGUCACCUCUUUUCCUCUCUUUGUAAUUGCAGUAUCCUGAGCUCUAGCUGUUUAAUUUCUGUCAGGCACAGGAGUAGUUCAGUUGUUUGACAAGCGGAGAAUAUGGUUGAAUGCCUCAAGUGAAGAGUCUUGCAGCUUGUAAAAGCAAUUUCCAAAAAUGAAACCCAUUCAUCAUAAACAAAAGCACAAACACAUGUAGCAGUUUACCGUACUUUUGGUUUAAUCUCAAUUAGUCUUUCUCCCCCUGGACUAGAAAUCCAGUAUAGUUUGCCAUUAAUUUAUUGAAUCCAGUUUUGACAAUGCUUCUGUAGUGUAGCUGCACGUCCCGGUACUGUAUCCUCUGACCUUUAUUUUCCAUGUGUUACAAAAGGAUAAAAACAAAAUUGAGAUUACGCUUGCAUAAACUCUAAUUUGCACAGUUCACAGCUACCACUUGUGCAGUAAUUGCUUUAUGCAGCUGUAAUCCAUAACCUGUGAAGACAGCACAUCAUCUAAACCCCAUUCCAAAUAAUAUUUCUGUGUAGUGUUAGCUGUGAAUUUACCCUGUACAGCUGUAUCUCUAUAAAUAUAAUUACAUGUAUUAAUAGUCACAGAAAGACUGUAAGUGAGCAACUAUUUUUAUGAAACGCACCACUAUGGAUAAAUUAACUUUUACAGAAAUCUUGUUUACUGUAUGAUAUUCUAAAACACUGUCAAAUAAAAUAUAUAUCCAAAAA